GAGCUGUUAUUUGGUCAGAAAGAAGAUGAGAGAUAAAUAGCAACGCUCAGGUGUUGUAAAUACAACCUCUUGUCCAUCUCUAUCCUUCCACCCAACUCAAUGAACUCAUCCUCUUAUCUUAUAAAAGUCAGCCUCUAAUUAUCUUCUAAUUUCCCCAAAAAUAAUCAUAUAAUUUUCAUUUUCUCUAUUUUUUGGAAGAAUAUUCCCCUUUUCCAAUUUUUUUUUCUUCAAGAAACUCCUUAUCUUGUCGUCUUUUAUCAUCAAAUGCACAUACAUACACUUCACACAUACACGCUUACAUGAUAUGUAUACGCGCUUACAUUUAUGUAUAUAUAUAGAGAGACACACAAACACACACUUGCUUGUUAGAUUGUUUAUACUUAAUAUCUCACCUUCUUGUGGUUACUCUCUCACUUUUAGGGUUUUUACUUUCUUGUGGGUCUCUUUUGUUGGGUCUCUUUGUUUCUUCUUCGGGUUCACUUCUAUAUAGACCACUAAAAAGAGUUGUAAUUGUAUACAAAUGGAGUCUGGAAAGAGCUUUGGAACCGAAGACGUUUCUCGCAGCUGUGAAUCUGGAUGGACAAUGUAUUUAGCCUCACAUUCUCAUGAUCCUGAUGACGACUGUUACUAUGAAGAUGGUGAUGACGAGGAUAGCGAUGGUGGUGAGUCAAUGGACUCUGAUGCAUCUUCUGGUCCCAUGGAAGCGACAUCAACUCUCAAACUUCCUCAAGAUACUGAGGAGCAAAACUCAAUAAAGAAAAAGAAGAAGGCUAAUGAAGAGAUGGUUUUGGUGGAGACUAGGGUUCACAACAACAAUCAUGAUGACGAUGCUUAUGAUAAUGAUGAUGUUUAUAAUCAUGAUGAUGGUAAUGAUAGCUACAGUGCAGUUCAUAGCUACGUCGGUGCAGUUAGACGAGGGUUUGUUUGAAUUUAUUGACUUUAUGUUAUUUAAUUUAUGUUCCAGUGUUUUCAUUUUACAUGAUCAAAUGCUAUGUCCUUUGUUUACGUUUUUGUUUUAAUGAUGGAAAUGUAUCUUCUUCCUGAUGA